AUUGUGCAUGUGGACGGACCAUUUCACUCCCUCAUCAACACCCUAUCCUCUUUUCCUCUCACUCUGCUCUUGUUGCAAUCCAGCGCUGUGUUCCAACUUAAUUUGCCCAACUAUCCUACUGUCAUUACUGUGCUCAUUGGACCGUCCUGUCCUUACCGAUGUCGGGAUUUGGUAUCAUUCCAGGCCAGGAUUUCGGCUCAGGGGAAGAGGAGGAAUCGCGAGACGAGGAGUUCCGACGAGCCUUACAGGAAUACCUCCACGAUGACCCUACCAUACCGGCGGAUCUUAGACAAGUUGUUCAGGAGAAUGAUUAUGGUCAAGCUCCUCGAUACUACAAUCCUAUGCUGCCCGGUGCGGGACAAGAUUUGUUGACUGAAACUACCAAUGAUAAUCGGCCAGACAUCCUCUUUCAGUCUCUUGACGGUCAUCAAUACCAGCCUGGUGAUUAUGAUGGAUCACUCCGAGUGUCGAAUCCAGAGACCAAGCAAAACCUGCCCUUCCAUACUCAGUUUGGUUUGGAUAACCGAGCGGCUCCAGGAGAGCCAAAUGUGGAUAUGCACAUUUUUGACCCGGAAUUUGGAAUUCAGGAAGAAGCAUUGGUGCCAGACGACUUUGUCGAUCCCGCUCUCCUCGUUCAGGAUGGCAUGAAUACUCCAAUCACCGAAACACCGUCUACUCCUCAAUCAUCCAUCUCUUUCGGAUAUCAGUGGCCUAGACUCAGUGCCGAUCCUAUCACUGGAUUCACAAAUCCUUUACCUCCUCAUUUCACGCCUUCUCGUGAAUCGGAACCACCAGACUCUAUUUUCGCGGGCCUAGAAUACCCCGCACAGGGGUAUAGCGAGGGGCCUUUCUAUGCGCUCAAGAAAGAGAACGAACAAUCUCUCAUGUUCCGGCCGCAACCCAAUGAGGAAUGGGGAGGAUGGGUUGACGACACCCACCCGCAAUGGUUUCCCGACACCAAUCUCCCAGACGACGAGAAACUUUCAUUCUUAGCUCCCGCUACAGACUAUGAGGCUCGAUUGCUGGGUCAUCCGUUGACACUCCAACCACACCAGGAAGCACUUCAGCCAACACCCUCUCCCUCGUUUCUCCGGAAGUACCACGAGAACCACCUGCCCCCUGAAUGCGCAGUUAUGGAACACGACACGAGCCACCUUGACAGAGUCACUUUAAAGCUAGUCGGAAUCGACCAACCCCUGACAGUACCUAGCGGUCGCAAACUCAACCAAUUCGACCCUCGAAUCCCCGACAGGAUCAAGAAAGAAGCACCGGCCUGGUAUCUUGUGAUGCUUCAAGACAUCGACCCUCGCAUUGGACCCACAGACCUCAUCGAUCGAAUGCACGACAUCGACUGGAGUAAGGAGGAUCCGAAAGAUAUCCGAGGGAUGUUGAAUUGCAUGAGCACUGCCAUGCAACGCUAUCGGCAGGAACAUGGGAAGUUAUCCGUCGACAAGCGAAGGCAGGGGGGGACGGUGACGAAGUCAGAGAUGCACGCUAUCGAUAAGUUGUCUGCUGAGCAAAUCCGGUUCAACUGUGUGUGGGAAGUGGAUGGGAAGGGAAACAUGCGACAAAAUGCGACGCACCCGUGGGUCCCUGCACCGUGUCCGAUGGGGAACUACACGAGUAAGAGGGUUCGGGAGAUAAAGGUGGCAUUGGAGAAAUACAACAUCCUUGCGGGCGCUCAACGGGUGGAUCACUGGUCGAAAUUGAACAUGAGAUGGUUCCAAAAUGACAAGAACAGAAAAGGCCAGGAUAAGCGACGGGAGACCCUACGGGUGAAGAAAGAGGAGCACAAGGGGAAGAAGAAGAAUUUGAGACGGCGUAGAAUCGGAAGGGACAAAGGCGAUGGAGAAGCAGGUCAAUUAUACAAUUGAUGAAGCCUCCUUUCAUACUACAGCCCCAGACAACCGACCGCGUUCUCGACACCCAUGAAAAUUUGUAU